CCCUUCAUUCAUUGUCAGCUUCCUGGAGCCAUUUUUCUAGCUGCCGGGGUGGAGUUCGCGUCUCUUUUAAAUCCAUUCCAUCGGACGAUUUUAGACAAUACAAUUACACAAUUUUAGAAUAAAUAUUUUCGUAAGACAUUCGUCUAUUGAUUUUUGUGAUUAUUUUGAUAAACUGUCCGUGGGAUUUAUAUAAAAAUAUAUCCCAACCAAAGGAGGGACAAAGGGAGCCCGAGCCUCCGAAGAUGAGAAAGGGGGUUUCCUCGGUCCCGGAGAAAUUGAUAUUAUCGGGGGUCGGGGGCUCUACCCUUGACAGAAAUUCAGUUUUAACGCAUCUACCUGAUCGUCUGACCACCGGUUAUUCCACUGCUACUUAUAUACAAAUAAUUACUCCACCGUCCUGUGCAGCACAGUCUAACAAUGUCUGUGCGCCUGAUCCUCAAACUGGCAGUUUGCUGUAUACUACUCCCCACGGACCAAGCAACGGAACGGGACAACGACCACCUUUAGGACGACCUCCGGCAAAACGUCGUCUGGAGCUUGAUAUCACAGACCACCAGUACAGUGACCCUACCAAGACUGCAAAAGGCAAACGGGGACCCCUUCAGCCGAAAAGCCCCAAAACACCCAAAUCUCCACCAGAGAAGACCCGCUAUGACACGUCACUGGGGCUGCUGACCAAGAAGUUCUGUCAGCUCCUGGCCCAGUCCUCGGAUGGCGUUCUGGACCUCAACCAAGCAGCUGAGGUUUUGAAAGUCCAGAAGAGACGCCUCUAUGACAUCACUAACGUUCUGGAAGGUGUCCGCCUCAUCAAGAAGAAAUCCAAAAACAACAUCCAGUGGCUGGGCUGCAGUCUGACCUCGGAAGGGGGCCCCCUCUCUCAGCACCACCCAAAGCAGAGUCUGGACCGGGAGAUACUGGAGCUGAGUCAGGAGGAGCGGCGGUUGGACGAGCUCAUCCAGACGUGCACACACAAGGUCCAACGAAUGACCGAGGACACGCAGAACCAGAAAUAUGCGUACGUCAGCUAUCAGGACAUCCGUCGGAUCAGUAGCCUCAGAGACCAGACGGUAAUUGUGGUCAAAGCUCCACAGGAGACCAAACUGGAAGUGCCUGAUCCCAAAGAAAGUUUACAGGUCCACCUGAGCAGCUCACAGGGCCCUAUUGAUGUCUUCCUCUGCACGGAUGAAAACAACCCCGGCAGCCCCCUGAAGAAUGGCCUGGAUGUGAAUGGGAACCACACCGCCUUUGUCAAAGUUUCUCAAGAUGGCGUGUCUAGCGAUGGAAUCACGGUAAAUGGUGGCAACGGCACAAGUGGCAGCAGCAUGAUCAGCACCCCGGUGAAAAGCCAACCGCCGAACCUCGGCGUUCCGCCCCUAUCCCCGCUCUCGGCCUCCCUCUCGAGUAUCCUCCAGCAGACCGAUGACCAGAUGCCCUUCGUCACGCUCUCGCCUGCGCUGCUGAGCGACGACUACAUGCUGGGCCUGGAGGAUGAUGAGGGCAUCAACGACCUGUUUGACUCCUACGACCUGGACACGCUCCACUUCGAUGACCUGCUUUGCAACUGAUCUCUCACCUCCAAGGCCCCAGGGCCCCCUGAAGCAAUGAUUGUAGAGAGGAGAGGAUUACAGUCUGGCUGAUGAGGUGGCUGUCUAAGUGGUGGUGGUGGUGAGUAGCAGCUACACCGAAAGCGCAGAGAAUGAGUUCACCCAGGGAACCCUUUGGUGACACGUGUGCACCUUAUUGUGGGAGAAGUGAAGUGACUACUGGUCUGGAAUGUGGGUGAGGCAAGGAGGGGUAAUGGUGGGCAGAAACGCUUCACUGGGCUCGGUGGUCACACUACGAUGUUGCACUCCAGGAUUCUCUCGGCCACAGACUUUUGUUGGUGCCCUUAAAGCUAAAGACUGCUGUGUGUGC